AUGAAGCCCUCUCUAUCUGUACUGGCACUCCUAUUGCAGGGUGCAGCAGCUCAGCUUGCAUUCCCGGGCGCUGACGGUCUUGGUAAGAAUGCUGUCGGUGGACGCUAUGGCGAGGUGUACAAAGUGACCAACCUCAAUGACUCUGGUACGGGUUCAUUGCGAGACGCUGUUUCCAAGUCCAACCGUAUCGUCGUGUUUGAAGUCGGCGGCGUCAUCAACAUCUCAUCCCGUAUUGUGGUCAAAUCGAAGAUCUACAUCGCCGGUCAGACCGCCCCAGGAGGUGGUAUUACCAUUUACGGCGACGGCUGGUCCUGGUCUGACGCCGACGACUCCAUCGCCCGCUACAUUCGUGUCCGCAUGGGCCGCGGCGGCACCUCCGGCAAGGACGCCAUCACGAUUGCUUCUGGUAGUCGUAUGAUCUUUGACCACCUCAGUGUUUCAUGGGGGCGCGACGAGACCUUUUCUAUCAGCGGAGACGCUUCCAACGUGACAGUUCAGAACAGCAUUAUUGCUCAGGGACUCGAGACGCACUCGUGUGGUGGUUUGAUGCAGACCGACGGCGGUAUCAGCCUGUUUCGAAACCUCUACAUUGACAACAAGACGAGGAACCCCAAGGUCAAGGGUGUCAAUGACUUCCAGAACAAUGUUAUCUAUAACUGGGGCGGCGGCGGUGGCUACAUUGCUGGUGAUAGCGACGGCCAGAGCUACGCCAACAUCAUCAACAACUAUUUCAUUUCCGGCCCGAGUACCAGCGUGACGGCCUUUACGAGAGGCAACUCUAAUUUCCAUGCUUAUGUUAAGAACAACUUUUACGACUCCGACCGAGACGGUGCCCUCGACGGCUCUGCCCUUUGCGAAUCAUCCACCUGCUAUUCCAACAUAGACUUCCAGCCCUCGCCGUACAACUACCCCGGUCCUACGACUCUAUACACUCCACAACAAGCCGUCGAGGUCGUCCUGACGGGAGCCGGUGCUUCACGCUCCCGCGACAGCGUUGACGCACAGCUCGUUGCAGAAGCACGCUCCUACGGCAAGAAGGGAGCGCUCAUUUCCAACGAAGACAGCAUGGGCGGGCCAGGCACCAUCGCCAGCGGCGCGGCACCUACCGAUUCAGACGGUGACGGAAUUCCAGAUGCCUGGGAGACAGCUAAUGGCUUGAAUCCUAAUGAUAAAAGUGAUGGCAUGAAAAUUGCGAGUAAUGGAUACUCCAACCUGGAAAACUAUGUUAAUUCUUUGGUAUAA